GUAUAAAGGACAUGGCAAUUCCUUCUCCUGGGCAAAUUUGCAAGCAACAUACAUCUUCGCCUGUUAUAUCUAUUCUUGAGGAUGCUAUCACGACCACGAUUUGACGUACCUGAGGGCAAAGCUGCCAAAGUCAGUAUCAUUGACUCCAGCUUGAGAUUGUCGGGUAUGCCACUCACUCAUCUUAUGAAACCUGCCAUGAAAGGCCUUGAUGCGAUGCCAACCUUGACAACGUGGUCAUUUCUUGUUGAAAGUGCUUCGGGGAAGAAAGCAGUCUUUGAUCUGGGUGUCCCGAAGGAGCCGUUGAAGAAUUUCUCGCCCAAGUACGCCAAUACGAUAAGAAGAAACUCGCAUUGGGAUGUGGAUGUGCCGAAGAAUGUUGCAGAUAUCCUUGCUGAGAAUAAAGUGCAGCCUUCGGAAAUCGAUAGUGUGAUCUGGAGUCAUCACCAUUUUGAUCAUAUUGGAGAUAUUACAACCUUUCCCCGGUCAACGGAACUCAUCGUUGGACCAGGAUUCAAGGAAGCCUUUCUACCUGGGUAUCCCGCUGACCCAGACUCUCCCGUGCAUGAAGCAGACUUUGAGGGCAGAGAGUUGAAAGAGAUCAACUUUGAAGACAAGCCCCUUCAGAUUGGCCCAUUUCGAGCUUUUGACUUCUUCGACAACGGGUCAUUCUAUCUUCUUGAUGCGCCAGGCCAUGAUAUUGGACAUUUAGCAGGUCUUGCUCGUACAACUACCAGCCCAGACACAUUCAUCUUCAUGGGUGGGGAUCUCUGCCACCAUGGAGGCGAAUUACGUCCUUCAAAGUAUCUAACAUACCCAUCAAAUCUCUCCCAGCAUCUAUCUCUAUCCGAUUCUCUCCGCUUUCACCAUUCACAAUGCCCUGGAAGGGCAUUUGACGACAUGAAUGUCAAGCGUGGACGAGCCCUGGGAGAAACUUUUUUUGACCCAGCAAUUGGCUUCGACAAGGAACUGGCGACAAAGACGAUCAAAGAGGCUCAGAAGGCAGAUGCACAGGACAAUGUCUUCUUCGUGUUUGCACAUGAUACGUCCAUGUUCGGUGUUAUCGAUACGUUCCCGAAGCAAGCGAAUAAUUGGAAGGAAAAGGGCUGGAAAGAGAAGACACACUGGAAAUUUUUAAACGAUUUUGAAGCUGCGAUGACAUCGUAGAAUGCCUGAUGCGCCGAUUAUUGUAUCUUUGGACCUUGAUGAGCAUCAAGCCGCUUCGAACGCUCCAGUACAGAAUCACUGAUGGCAUUCAAUACUACACCACUCCAACCAAAUGCGUGCUCUAUAUAUUUCUCAGACAAGAGACACGAACGUCAUCGCUCGCCGUCGAAUUUUCACACCGUCCCAGUGUAUGGAGCCUCGGAGUGAGGCCAUCGUCAUAAAAAACUCCGGCCGCGUGGCCUAAUGGCUAAGGCGCUAGAUUUCGGUUCUCAUCACCCGUAAUCUCUAGAGAUUCCAGGUUCGAAUCCUGGCGUGGUCG